AUCUCUUUGGGCCUGAUGGCCGCAAGGUUAAGCAAACCGUCUACCGACGACGACUCCCCACAGUCCCGCAUCUCCGCGAGAAGAGGGCACGGUAUGAUGCAGCAGCAGGCGCAGGCGCAGUCGGCCGUGGCGGUGGCCGCACCGCCGCCGCCGGCGCGCGCGCACGAGGCGGCGGGCGGGGACGCGCCGCCGAAGCAGGUGGCGCAGGCGAUGGAGCGGCUGGGGCGCGCGGGUAGGAUCAUCGCGGAUAUCCGGCUCGGCGCGGACCGCCUCCUCGAGGCGCUCUUCACCGCCGCCAGCGCCCCCCCGCACAGCACCCAGCAGCACAUCGAGAAGAACGAGCGCGUUGUCGCCCAGGAGGAGGUCGUCAUGCAGCGCCACUUCGACGACCUUCGCUCCCUCGGCAGGCAAUUGGAAGAGUCUGGGGUUCUAAACGGGGCUCUUAAAGCUCGCGGCAAUUCGUGGGGCUUGCACAUGCCACUUGUGUGUCCUGAUGGUGCUGUUGUGGCAUAUGCUUGGAAGCGUCAAUUGGCAGGCCAAGCUGGUGCAUCAGCUGUUGACAGAACUAGGUUAGCUCUCAAGGCCUUCACGGACCAGAAAAGAAGAUUCUUUCCUCACCUAGAAGAUGAAGUUCUUAGCAAUCUCCAUGAUGGCGAAUCUGUUAUUGCUAAAAGACCAAGGUUAACUGCAGGCAAUGGAGAGCCAGAAGAAAAAACUUUGUCUGAAGUUCUUAAGAAUCUAGAAAAUGAAGUGCCCAACCUUAAAAUAUUCACAUAUCGACGCUUGGAUUGGUCAAAAAGAGCUUCAUCAUUAGUAUGUCUGAUGGAUGAUGACUUUGUGGAUCCAUCUAAGGAGCUGAACCUGCAAAAUAUGAGGAAAUCGAGAUCUGGUUCUGCGACAACCCCUGCUGAUCAGGUUGCAGUAAUUGAGUUGCUGGUUCCUUCAAUAUUUAGAGCUGUAGUGUCAUUGCAUCCUGCAGGAUCUGUUGAUCCUGCUGCUGUGGCAUUCUUCUCUCCCACUGAGGGUGGAGAUUACCUUCAUGCAAGAGGCCUGUCGGUCCAUCACGUUUUUAAGCAUGUAACGGAGCAUGCUGAAAAGGCGUUGCAGUACUUUGUCAGUGUGGAGCCCGAUAAAGCACUUUCUCAAUUAUUGCGAUGGAUUGCUGAUUAUCAGACUCUAUUUACGAAAGUUUGCAGUAAAUGCCGACGGCUUCUUCUCAUGGACAAGUCUUUGGCUCUGCUUUUACCCCCUGUCCACCGCCCCUACCACCAGACUUCAAACGGUAGUUCGGAUCAGCAGGAGGCCUAUCACAUUGGAUGUUCUUCCUAUGACGCCUGACGCUUCUAACUCCCUCUGGACUUUAGCUAGGAUGUUUCUAAUACUGUUGCCUGAUCUGUACAACAGUGAAUUUUCGAAUAGCGCAGCAGUCCAAUUAAUUCCUAAGAACAAAAGGCUUGGUGAUUUGAGUUGUUUUGGUUUUCACCUCACUCCUGUAAAACAUUUGUAUCUCAUGAUCAAGCAUUACAUAUCGUGCAGAACCUGAGUGUGUUAAAUUUCUUGUGCACUUCGAUUGUUCCAAAUCACUGAACUUAA